CAUCAGGCCCAAUUCUUCAUCUUGAACUACAAGGCCGAAACCCUACUGUUUUAUGCUUGCAAGUUGCAAAAGCUUCACUGGGGGAGUUUUCAGGUUGCGCAGCUCAACUUUGAUACAAGUGAUUUUCUCACCUUCAAGUCGGCAAAAAUGGUGAAUGUUCCCAAAACAAAAAAGACAUAUUGCAAAUCCAAGGAGUGCAGAAAGCACACCUUGCACAAGGUCACCCAAUACAAGAAGGGGAAAGAUAGCCUUGCUGCUCAGGGGAAGCGCCGUUAUGAUCGCAAACAGUCAGGUUAUGGAGGACAGACCAAACCUGUAUUCCACAAGAAAGCAAAAACAACCAAGAAGAUUGUGCUGAGAUUGCAGUGCCAAGGCUGCAAACAUGUCUCACAACAUGCGAUCAAGAGGUGCAAGCAUUUCGAGAUUGGCGGUGACAAGAAAGGAAAGGGCACAUCUCUAUUUUAAGAUUGAUAUCAGUGAAAUGAAAUGGUAUCAAAUCUUUUCAAGUGUAUGCCCACAAAACUAUGCUUAUUGGCCUAUUCUCCUGGAUUAUUUUGAAAAAUGCAUAGUAUAUAUUGUUUUGAGGUCUAAAUUCUGAAUGACUGGUUGGAAUUGUAUUAUUCUUAAGAAGUUAUGAAGUUUUAUGAUUCAAAGCUGUUUGAUCAUUCA